AAAUAUAAUUUGCUAACGCUAUCAAGCUCACAGAUGAAUGACAACAGGUAUGAGAUUAUGUACACAACGUUAAUUUUAUUCUCCCCGUAAUCGUUAGCGAAAUACUUAACCGAAUACACUUUAUGACGUACGCCGCCUAUAGCGCUAUACGGGGCUCAAAAUGUGAGCCCCGCGAAUGACCGGCGGUCGAUUAACAUGCUUCGUUUACGUACUAAAUAUAAUUUACUAAACCUGUCACGCACACAGAUGAACGACAACACGUGUAGGUUAAUGUACAUAUAUUAAUUAAGCCGAAUAAUAAUUAUUAUUAAUCGUUAUUAAGCCGAAUACACUUUAUGUGUGCAGAUCGCCUAUAGGCGCAGUAUAUACUGGCGUAGAUAAUAGAUAAAUAGGCUUAGUCGUCAAUACGGUACGCUCCGAUACAUUCCCAUAGUUUCUUAAAUCGGGCGGUAGAUGGCGGUAGUGUAAAACUGCGCCGCCAUACUGGACGUCAUAAACUGUAUUUGCACCAAAAAGAAUACGCGAACCUUAAACUAGUGAAGUGGGACUCCCAUUGCCAUUGGCAUUGGGCCAUUGGCACUGUGACUGUGUCAGUGUCACGAGUGUGGCACUGGGAGAGCAAGGGCGUUCCGUGACGGCGGUGGCGUGUUUGUGGAUGCCACCAGGAGCCUUAGCUUGGUCGGUCUGAUGGCCAUGUCCUGCUGGCCCACGUGAACUCCUUGGUUGGGGGCUGCUGCCUUCGCCACUCGUCCCGAGCUUGGGACGUCGUCGUACAGCUUGCAUUUCUUGGAGGCGUAGUCGCAGUUUCUGCAUCUCAGCGACAUCUUCCACUAGUUGCCUCUCUGCUCUUCAUCGCACAUCUUCAGGUUUGGCUCCAGGUUCUCGACUUUCGUGAGAUGCAACAGUCGCAUCUCAUCUCGGUCGGACCGCUGCUGCACGGCGAAAGGGUCUGUGGAGGAGGUAGCGGCUGGCUUCGGGCGCAGGAUCUUGGCGCCUCCAUCUCUACCAUCAGCAUCUGAAACAGAAAGAGUGCCAUUGGUUACCAUGAGUAUUAAUGCCGUAGCCGCCGGCUUGGCGUUGCUGCUAACCGCUUACGUGUGGUUUCCUGGAGCUGUGCGAGAGUCCAGCCUGUUUACUUGCUCCGUCAUCGCGCCAAUGCCCAACGAAAUAACGUGGAACAACAACUACUGGCAGGAGAUUGGGGAAGGUUCCUUGUUCAUUCUAAGCGCCUACGAAGAUCGGAGAUUCCAGCCUCACUACGUCCGCAUUAUGGGCAUGGAAUCUGUAAAGCUGUCGGCUGGCAAGUUGACGUGCGUGCUGUGGUACGGCGGUGGCAGACACGAUGUGGUCGCUGCAACACGACUCAGGAUGUGGAUACCCAAUGAGAUACUAACUCAAGAUGGCAGUAUCACGCACAUUGCCUACGUCUACUCCUGUCCCAUAUCAGACGGGCGGGAAAUAUCACCUUCCCACGUUUCAUUAGCGUUUGAUCUUUGCGAUCCAAUAACAAACGCCGUCGACGUGACGUCAUACGGCCAACCCGAGAAGCUGCAAGAUCAAGACCAACAAGAAAACAGUGUAAAAAACACAGCAGUGCCUUCUGGCAAAACCGCUCUGUGUGUCAAACCGAUGAAUUUCCCUAGACAGGACAUAGCGCUGCGUCUGGCAGAAUGGAUUGAAAUACAGCGAGCGCAGGGCGUAGAUGCAAUAUUCACCUACGUUUAUGACGUCACCGACAUCACCAUGAUGGUUCUGAGGCAAUAUCAGCAGCAAGACGUUGUCGAUUUUGUCUUCACGACCCUUCCUGGCCGUCUGCCAAAUGACAGAGAGAAUCGAACCGCGUUCCUCCGCAGAACAAGCCGACAGACGCAAUUCCUUGAGAAGGUCAUACUCAACGACUGUUUCUACCGCCACCUGGCGUACGACUACGUUGCCAUUCUUGACGUCGAUGAGGUCGUCUUUCCACUGCAGCAUCACACGUUGCCGGAGUUGCUCGACGAAUUGAGUGACGUUUGCGUAACCUUUGACCUGCAAGAUCCAGACGUUAUGCGGGCAAUACGAGAGCUCGAAGGUCAAGUCGAGGUUGGCGGUGAACCAUCGGAACGCCACGUGGCCAUGUUUCCUGACCUCACCGACCACUAUGAUAAGGAACAAGGGUCCGAAUCUAACGAUGCUACGCGUGGCCGGCCGGUUGACGAAGAAUUUCAGCUUGCUCUACCGUGCGCCUCGUAUUGCUUUCGUCAGAGCUUCUUCCUCGAUGAAUUCCACAAGCAGGACCACGAUGACAUUCCCGAAUACCUUCACGUCAUGCAGCACACUAACCGCUCAAUGCGCACAGACCGCUAACGGCUAUAAACGAUCUGACAUUGCUUGCGACAGCAGGCGAGGACAAAAUGGAGAUGCACACGUUUGCGAUGAAGUUAUCCGGACCCAGUAUCGGCCUCACUGCUUAUAACUUCUUCACCAUCAACAGAGCAUUACUGUUAACGAUCUUCGGACUCUUGACGUCGUACUUUAUUCUACUCGUACAAUUUUUCCCGGACCCUGGGUAUUCCGCUGGAGCGAACGGCACGGUGGCAGCAUGAAGAGCUGUAUGGCAAUCACGGGACCUAUGACAGUAUAUGGUGGGAAUGGCAGCUACGUCACGUCUCAACACUUUAUCUUCAAUUAUAAAGGAAAUAACACUAACAGUAAAAAAUAUUUUUAAGCAGCGGGAAAACAUCGAAUAUGCCAAUAUACGUUGUUCCACUGAACUAGGUGCAUUUUCAGUUUUACCAAAUUAUGAUUGGUAAAUACAAAAGGCUAUAACUUCACAGAAAUUAGUGUUGUCGUUAUUGUAUUAUAUUUUUCUUCAUGUUGUAUAAUAGCAUU